CAUCAAUCAAUAUGGCGGAUAAAGAAGCGUUAGAGAAGGACACCUUUCUAAAGUCAAUUUGUAAGUAUUUUCUAUCCAUGACUAUUUUUAUGUUAGCGAAGUAGUGUAAAAUGAUUAAUUGGUAAUAUAGAAGUGAGGAGGCUGAUUGUUUCUGUCGGAUUUUAUUGUCACAAAUCGUAAUUUAGACAUCCAUGUGUCAAAGUGAUUAUGCCGCUGUACAUCGGUAAACGGAAUGAAAGAUAAAUGAACUGGGAAACCCGCUGCCAUACAAUUACCUUAUCUGGUCAUAUGGUUAUGAGACCCUAUAUACAACACAACCAAAGAAGGAAGAACGUUUGAAAGUUAAUUGUCUCUAGGUAUUUCAUGUCUCUGAUGUAAAUGUGACAGAUAGCAGCCUGGUACCAAAUUUACAAACAGUGGCAAAUAACGGAAACAAUGUCAAGAAAGGAAGGGUGUUAUUUUCAUGAGUAUUUAGUUGAGUCUGUCAGUUUUGAAUAAAGGGUGCUUUUAUGAUUAUGAAGCUGAAACAUGAGUUCUUUUGCUACCUUUAGUACACUAUUUAUGGGAUCGGGAUUUGACCAGAAAGUGCCGAAUGUCUUGGAUUUGGUAUUUGACUGCUCCCUUGGAGCUGAGAAUCACCUGGGUAUGAGAUUAGGGAUAUGACUGUAUGUCAGAAAUUUGAAAAAAUGGUCAUUACCUCAGUAAACUGACUAAUUGCCAAAGGGAAUCAACUGAGCAAAUUUUAGCAAGUGUCAGGAUCAUAGUGGCACGCACUAAACUGUUCCUACUGAAUGGGGUGUGAGUCUAUCACAGGUUAACCAAAAAAAUGCUCUCAGAUAUCCUGCUGGGUUAAAGUAUUUGUGUCCCACCCUGUCCUGAGGGAAGCUUCUAUUCAAAGUUCUGAUCAUAUCUACCUUAGUAAGUUCUCUCUGAAAUCAUUUUUUCUUCAAUGUUGGUGGUGAAGUGCCCUUAAUAGAAAAGAUCUGUAUGCGUAUAAAUGUCAAUUUCCCUCUCAUUCUUUUGGGAGUGGAAGACCUAUAAAUUUAUUUUGCUUGCCACAGUGUUGGGAAGAUUAGAUCAGGGAAUGCUUGUGAUAAAAUAGUGUUGAAUGCAAAAUGUAUUUGCUUUAUUUUUCAGUAAACAGAGGUCCAAACAAGAGGCAGAUAAAACCAGCUGGUAACAAUUCUCUCCUUCAAUUGGCUCUUGGAGAGGACAGUGAAGACAGUGAAGAGGAUGCAGAUUUUGAGCUUAAUGAUGAUGAAGAUGAUGAUGAAGGUGCUGAUAUCCCUCAGACUCCUUUAAGUCUCUUUGAUUUUGAUCGAAGGGUUAAACAGAUCUCGUUUUGGUAUUUAAUGGUUUUUUUUCUAUCAUUUUGCUUAAAAUUGUCCCAUUUCCUCAAUACAAAAGUACAAUUUUGUUGUUGAGCAUUACCCUGAAUUUGUCUUUUUGCUAAAUUUUGUAUUUUGUUCCUUUCAGUGAUAUGUGAUAAGUGAUUCCAUUUUGUUCUUGUUUUGGAUCUUUUGGAAGGAGAGCAUUUUAGACCCAGGCUAUUGUUUUUUCUUAUCUAAACAGAAUCUAGCAGAACAAAGCUGUGGUGAAAGCAGGCAGAGUUUGCAAAAUUUUUUGCCUUUCAUCAAACAUCAUUGUGAAGUGAUCCAUUUUUUUUUUUUUUCAUUGAAAUUCCUCAUUAAACUUGGUUAGGCAGCAUCUUUCUUUUUAGCUUUGUUCUAGAAUCUUACUCAAACCUUCUUAAUUUUGAAGUCAUUGGAUCUCAAUAGCUCAUAUGAAAGUCAGUAUUAGAAAGGAAAUUGAAACUUAUGAAUGAAUACAAAGAAUAUCACAAAGGUAAAUUGGCUCAGGCAAAUUCUGGGAAAAACAAUCUAAUCAUACCAGAACUAACAAUAGUUGAAGCUUUCAAUUCCUCAAUAAAAUGAGAGAAUUUCUUACCCUACAUUUUCAGCUUAUCACAUCAAUGUUUUAACAACACCAUCUGCCAAACUCAUGGAUGAUUUUUGCCCUUAUGCAGUAUUCAAUAUGCUGCAUUUUGGCUGCCUCUACUCCUCAAAUUACCUUUUAAAUAAUGAUUAAUUGAUUGAUUGAUAAUUUCUGAAAAUCAAGCCUAGUGAUUUGCCCAGUUGUAACUGCAUGUUAUUCAUCAGGAGGUUCUGGUUCAGAUGAAGAGACUGAUAUAACAGAGCAGCAAGAUAAAGGUAAAGUCACCAAAAAAGUACAAGAAGUAAGCGAAGAUGAUGAUGAUGAAAAUGAUGUCGAUGAUGAUGACGAUGAUGAUGAUGAUGAAGAUGGAAGUGAAUCCUUGACAGCUGUCAGUGCUCUUACUGUAGGUGACUUGAUAGAAGUUAUGAAAACCAAGGCUAAAGCUGUCACCAGUCAGCCAAGCUCAGUGGUAAAUCAAUUUAAAAUUCUAUCAGUUCUAUUACAUGCAAAGGGGCAUCAGAGGCUAGAUUCAAAUCCAAUUUUAUUUAAUUUAUUUUUUGUUGAAAUAUCCUGUAAUUACUUUUGCUAAUUAAAUUAUUAUUUCUUUAAGAAAUGUGAUAAACAAACCACAAAAUAUAGUUAGCAAAUGAUAUGACCACCCCCAAGCAAACUAGGCAAACUACACAUAUAAUGAAUGUGUAUUUGUUUGUAAUCAUAAAUCCCUCAUAAUCAUGUAUUCUGUAUUAACUGCUGUUGAAUAUUUGUCUCAGAUGAAACAGUUUGUACCUAUUGUUAAUGCUAAAUUUUCUUUGUCUCUUAAUCCUGAUUAUGAGACAGUUAAGAGACAUUUAAGAAACAAAGGAAAUUGAGGGAUCAAAUAAUAGUAUACAAAUUUUUACCUGAAAUUAUUAAUUCUAGCAUUCACAUACUCUCAUCAAGGUUUAGAUUUUAUAACAAAAGGCUAAACUAAUGCACUAACAAAAGAUCAAUAUUUGCUUGAAAGCCUCAUUUAUGACCAAUUGAUAAUUGUUUGAGUCUCUUUUGUAUUUAAAAUACUCACAAUAACUUGUGGCAUGAUAUUCACAGCCUUCUUGUAAUUGAUCCCCUAAUAAACUAAAAACAGAAUCCUGUAAGGCUUUUCAUACUAUUUUGUGAAUGUCAUUUACUUCAAAUAAUCCAUGAUCAAUCAAAGUCUGUUUAGGAGUCAAUGGUUUUAUUAAUCAGUUUCAAACAUUUUUCCUGCAGGCCUCCAGUGAAGUUUCGGCUUCAUCCAAGAAGGUGGACAUAUUAAUUUGUGGAAUCUGCCUGGAUGACAUUAGGUAAGUAAAUACUUUUGAAAGACUUUGAUACUUUAGCUUUUAGUAUUUUUUGCUUAUUAAAUUAAAAUUCCCAAAAGCUGAUAAUAAACAACAUGUAGUACUGUUGUUACAUUUUCACUCUUCCAUGUAUAAUUAAUGUAGAGUUAUUGUCAACAUUUGACUUAAUUUUGAGUUGAUGUAUGUAAUAACAAUGUAUGUAUAGACAAUAUGGGUAGUAAGGACUCUUUAAUCCAUGAUUAAGGUAAGUUUCCAAGAGCAUUGUUAAACAUACUGGUACCAAGUUUUCAAAACAGAUGAAAUUUAAAACUUCUUGAAAAGUAUUUCUAACUGAGAUGAAAAGGUUUAGGAAAAAGAUGGAAAAUUGUGAUGAAAUCAUAGAUUGAGGAAAUGAACUUUUGUUCUGUAUAAUUACCAUUAAGUGUUUAAUUACCUUGCUUCAAGGGGUUUUAGGCAAACCAAGGUUAAUUGUGAGGUGAUAUCAUAGAAGAAUAAAAUCACUAAUGAUAAAUGAACCAGGUUUGCAACAAAGCUGUGUAUUAAAGCUGGUAAUAUGUAGAUUAAUAAUUUUUUGUUUGCUACUUUCUUCAAAGCUUAUUCCACUUCUAAUAACUUGAACCUUGGCUAGUUCAAAUUUUAUGAAUUGAUAUGAACCAAAAUCAAUGUCUGUUUUAUUUUUGUUUUACAUAUAUAUUGUAAUUAUAUCCUUGGUAUUUUUAAUCAUUUGAUCUCAACUCCCUAAAAAUCAAAUCUUCAGUUUCCCUUGAAGGUUUCAAUAAGAUAGAGAUGAUUAUAGUUACUAUUGAAAUAAAGUUGUACAUUGAAUUUCACCAUUAUUUUGUAUUUAUUUCUAACACAAUCUUUUUCAAAUGUAUUACAGUGAUGAAGGGGAUGAAAUAGUGGAAUGUGAUAACUGUGGAAUCACUGUUCAUGAAGGUAACAAUCCAUUACUGUCAUUGCUUUUUCUUUGUGCACCUGGCCAUAACUUAAAUACUAGAGGAUGAAAAGUCGACAAGAGUCUGUUAAUGGUAAACUGAUAUUCCCAAAAUGAGUUGCCUAUUAAAUGGUUUCCACACAAUUACAUAAAAGUGGUCAGGGGAAAAACUCUUUGAGGUCAAGGAGAAAGCUGUAAAAGUUUUUAUUAAAAAUGUUGAAAAAAGGUCACUAAAAAUGUCUUUUUUUACCUUUCUGAUUUUUUGGCUGCAAAAAUGUCACUUGUGAAAAAUUUUGUCAAUGAAUGGAAAGGAUGCUUGUGAAGGGAGUUUGGAUAAAAAAAUACUGUAAGUUGCAUCAGAAAGAAAUUUAUAUCUAUCAGGGAAAGUCAGAAUAAGGCAAGGAAUUUUGAAAAGUGAAGUGAUGUAUAGUCUAGUUAUCAGUGAAAACUAAUCUGUAGCACUGGUAAGCAGCUGCCUUGAUAUAGUGUGAUUGUUGUGAUAGGUUGCUAUGGUAUCAACGAUGAAGACAGUGACUCUGGAAAAAGUAACGAUACAGACUCACCUACAGAACUGUGGUUUUGCGAUGCCUGCAAACUGGGAGUUCAACCAGUGAGUAAUCAACACUUUAUCUUCCUUGACUUGUGUAAUGCAAAACAUAUGUUUUAAUUGUUUUUAUUUCAUUCUUAUUGUUACCUUAUGUUGUUAAUAGGACUGCGAGUUGUGCCCAAAUCUUGGUGGAAUUUUCAAAGAAACAGACACAGGCCAGUAAGUUGAGGAGAGUACAGUGAUUUCAUAUUAUUAUAGUUUGUAUGAUCUUAGGAUUCUUUUUGUUUUGCUCAGAAGGGAAUGUAAGUUGAUAAAUUGAUGUUAAUGUUUCCUAUGAAGGAUUGUAUAACUGUCAAUGAAAAAACUCCUCUUUCGAUGGAUCAUUGCAGUAAGCAGUAUCACUACAUGCAGUGAGAUGUAAACCAUUAAGUAUGUAAUGCUCUUUGAAUGUUGUAUGUCCAACAGAUGGGUUCAUUUGCUGUGCGCUCUCUAUACCCCAGAUGUGGCAUUUGUUAAACCUGAGCAGCUUCAGUGCGUCACACUAUCAGAAGUUCCUCCUUACAAGUGGGGUGCAAAGGUAAAUAAUUGCAGCAGUAGAAAGGUCAACAGAAAAGUGUGAUCCCUGUAAAGAAGUUAUGACUGGUUCAAUAUAUUGUGAGCUUUAUUCGCUUUUGGCCUCCAUAGGAUUGUACUCUCUGUGAAGAUGAGCGGUUUUGCAGGACGGGGGUGUGCAUUGAAUGUGAUGCUGGAAUGUGCAGGACAUACUUCCAUGUCACAUGGUAACUAACACAAUACAAUGUGCUGCAAUGUCGAGAAACCAAACCUUAGUACUUCUCACUUAAGUGACUUCAAAAUGGUUUUUGUUCCUCUUGAUUCUAUCAAAAAUUGUAUGUUGAUUUAACCACUGACCAUAUUUUUUCAGAAUAUUAUAACAAUAUCUUAUAUAUAUCAGAUGUCUUAUUUAUAUUUGCAUUUAAGAUCAAUGCUAAAAUAACAUCAAAUGCUUAUUUUUAUUCUCAUUAGUGCUCAGAUGUAUGGACUUUUGUCAGAUGUUCCAGAAGAGUGUGAUGAGGUACAAAAUGCUCUUUAAAUAUACUUCAUAAUUCAAUGAUGAGGUGAGGGAAAAACAAGUUUGAAUUUCAUGAAAAUCCUUAAUGCUAGUAAAUGUAAUAAUUAGUGACCGAGUUGUAAUCGUAGGUAGCUUACUACUGGUUUAUUAUGUUCUUAGAUAUGAAAAAAGAUGGUGGUGUUUUGUAGGUUUUUGUAAGUUGUAGUUCUGUGUACUUUAUUUUCACAGGAUGUUGCAGAUCCUCUAUUUGCGCAUUGCAGGCUGCAUGCAGAUAAAAAAACAACUGCAAACAGGGUAAGAUCACACCAAAAAUUGUGGAAUUUGCUGUUAUGAAUGAAGAGCAAACAUAAUUCAUAAUUAGCUCAAGUAAAAGACUCAAAACACACCUACAUUUUGUACAGAACAUUACUUUUAAUUACUGAGUAAUAAAUGUGAGCUUCUGUCUUGUCAUAAUGCUUUCUCCUUUCCUAGAGACGCCAAUGGCUAGCAUACCAGUCACGCUACAAAAAAGCAAGUGAAAGGCGGUCAGCAGAGGACAAGGUAUGUUAAAGCUAUUUCCCUUUCAAAUGGAAUAUUUCCAAGUAAUUCAGAAGGACUGCUUUCAAUGAUGAGUUCUUUCUUUUUUGACAGGAAAGAGUGAAACACUGUUUGACUAGCAUCCGUCAAGAAUUUCAGGCAAAGCGAAUGAAAAAUCUCACAAAAGUUUUCAGUAAGUGUUCCAAAGCAGUGUCCAUACAGUAUAUUUUUUAUUUCAAACAAGCAUAUAGUACCACACCUAUUUUAUGUAAGAUUGGAGAAAUGUCAACAUCAAUGUGUCAAAGAUAGGUUUGUUUCUCAUUGAGACAUCUGUUAUCAGAGAAGUGUUCAAAAUUACUUGAGGAGGCUUCCAGCUCAUUAAUUGGUCUUGUGGGUGAAUUUGGAUUAUAUAGGUGAAAAAAAAACCUCAAAUUGUGAAAUAAGUGAUUGUUAGCAUUUGAGAAAUUGGAAUUUUUCCUUACUCAAAUUUGUGUUCUUUUAAAACAUGUUUUUCUUUUUUCUUUCAAAGCUCCCUCAGAAAAAAUUCCUCGACUACUGAGCACAUGUCCAGGAGGUGAGAGAAGCCAUCUUAAUAAUAGCAUAUAUGUUUAUAUAAAUAUUGAGUUAGGGAAAAAACAGAGACCACCCUUUCAUACCGACAAGCCUGUUUAUAUAUAUAUAUAUAUAUAUAUAUAUAUAUAUUCCCUUAGAACGCACAGGCUGUCAGCUGAAGGCUUAACACGAAAUUAUCACUUGAGCGUUUGUUUAACAAGGGUUAGUUUUGCUGAUUCAGAUAGAAAUUGUGCAAAGCAUUUGUAUAUAGCAUAUUUGAUUGAUAAUUUUGUUUUUACCUUGUGAUGGCUCUUAUGGUAUGGCUUUCAAUCACUGCCAAAAUUCUGUUUCAUUUCAUUUUCAACAGCCAAGUUUCAUAAUUCAACAUACAAGUUUUAUUUUCAACAUUCUAGUUUUAUUUUCACCAUUCAACAUCUAUUUUCAACAUUCAAGUUUUGAUUUGAACUUCACACUUGGCUGAGUCGGUUAUGCCAUACAAAAUUAUCCCCUGAUUCCAUGACAUAUUUGCAAGAAAGCAAUACUGAAAUGCUGUGAUUGGUACAAGAUAUCCAAAUGCUGUGAUAUGAUUGGUGCAAGACACAUACCUUAAGGCAGCAAUCUGAUUGUUGUGAGAUGCAUACCCCUAUGUGGCAAUCUGAUUGGUGCUUAAUACAUACACUUAUGAAGGAAUCUGAUUGAUGCAAGAUACUUCCCCUAAUGCAGCAAACUGAUUGGUGCAAGCAAAAUACCACUCCACACACUUACAUAGAGUUAUUUUUUUAAUUUAUUUCUUUUAGAUAACUCAAAAAUGACUCUUGUAGGCAUAACAUGUCUCUGUUUCUUAAUGCGUUACUCCUAAUACCUUUCAGUAUUACCCAAAUAAGACUGCUCAAUCAUUUAUAGAAGAGGUUGGAUAUUUUACUACAGGCUGACAGAACCACGUGGCACUUAUAAUUUUGAUACUGUCUUUAUAGUUAGUCAGGUUGAUCCAAAAACAUAUGAGAAGCUUGACAUUUUCUAUUUUAAAUUAAUUUUCCAGCAUGUCGUCAGCUUUUCAAGAAAGCACAAUUAUUGGGCUACACUACAGGGCAGGUACUGUUAAAAUAAUUAGCAUCUAAAGGUCUCAUGCUAAACCACAAAAUAGGUACUGGGUAGACUGGGGUAAAUAGUUACUGGGUAGACUGAUUUCAGAACAUAACGGUGCAACAACUUUAACAACUUUAUUUUCUAUUUGUACCCAACAGUUAUACGUAAAUUACUGCAAUUAUAAACACUAUAGACGAUACAAGUUACCUUUAAUUAGAGAGAUAGGGCGGCCACACUUAAGUGAUCAAUUGAUGGAUAUUAGUGCUACGUACCACUCAAACACACACACACACACACACCCGCAUCUACAUAAAACAAAAAAAGCAGAAAAAGAAGUAAAUAACACGAGACGUUCCAAUGUUUCAUCUGUCUCCUUCCAGUCAGUCGAGCUCAUAACUCAAUAUACUAUUCCUUCUCCAGAAACGAAAUGUUAGUGGGUAGUACGUGCAUUGUUUGACGUUUGGAUAGUAAGUUUAGGAAGGUCAAACUCCACAGUUGUAGUGUAAUUUUGUUCAUAACUGUGUUGCCUUUCCUGACACGUGGGAAUUAUCACUUUAUCUUUCAGAGCCAGGGUGUCAUGAAUGUUCGUCGCAAGUGGUUUGUUCAACCAGCUCUCACUAGCGAAUUUGUGAACUAUUACCAUGGUAACAUCGUUGUUUGUUUCCUUUAACUUUUUAGUCUCCCGUUAUUUUGUGUUCCUUCACUUUUAUGAGCAUAAUUCAAUUUCGACUGCAUUUGCUGCAAGUUCUGUCUUUCGAAAUAUUAGCAAUUAUAGUACUUUCAAGUGCUGUCCUUAUGCCAAGUGUACCUUUUUUUGUAGUUCUUUGGUUAUUCCCUUUCUUACGGUCAUAGUAUUAUUGUUACUCUUCGUGUAUCGUCUUCCCAGAUCGAAGUGCCAGAUUGAAGGAGAUGCAGGAGCGCCAAGACGAACUGAGACUGAAUAACAAGCGAUUGCAGCAAGAGGAACAAAAUUUAAGAGAAAAGUAUCAAGCGGUAAAGCACUUGAUGUUUCUUAAAUGGUUUGUCAAUUUCAUGAGUUCAAAGUUUAGUUAUCAUUAAAGAUCUUCGUAUGGUUUUGAUUCUAUGUAGAAACAAUGGUUUAUGAGAUAUGACGAGGGUACAUUGUUUUGUUUUCUUUCUUUAAAUAACAUUUAAUAAAGACAGCAUCAUCAGUAAAUAAAUUUUGUCGAACUUUCGAAAAAGACAAACUUUAAAAUUCUAUCAAACACUGUGUUAAUGCUAUUCACUUUAUUUCUUUUUAAUCUAGUUAACGGAAAGCGUUCAAUUUCUGGCUGAAGAAGUCCAGGAGAGAAGAGACGAAUCAUUAGAACUUCACCACGUUCUGUGCAAGUUGGCUGCAAAUGUAGGACAACGUACUUCGUGCGUCUUAUAAAUCAUUAGAACUUCACCAUGUUCUUUUCAAGUUAGUUGCAAAUAUUGGAAACCGUAGUUGAUUUUUCCUAUUCAUUCUGUUUUCUUGUUAACCUCCUUCUGUAGUUGGAAAGGAAAGGGAAAUAUAUAUAUAUUUUUCCUUCAAUCAUGAGUAAGAUUAAUCAGGACUUGUUAGUGUUAGAGGACAGACCUAUGCUCCUUAUCAUGAAUCGUGAAUUUUACUAUUUAUUUGUUGAAGUAAGCAAGAAAGAAGCUCAGCGUUUACGGUAUUUUGAUAUUGAUAUUGAACCAGUCAUUUCUUUUAUUCUGAUAACUACAGACCACAUAGCAACUUUUUUACUGUGUUUUUGAUUUCAGGAGUUAGCUAAGCCACCCUUAUUAGAACUCAAAAAGCCGAAACACUCAGCAUCGCAGACGAGGAUUAAGUCACUUAAACUGAACGUGUAGGUCAACUUACUCCAUAGCAUGAUUUCCUUGGUAGAUUAGGUUGCGAAUACACAGAUAAAAGCAUGCGCAUUAAGCACUUCAGGCAAAUUUAGCUCUCUUAGUGGCUCCCUUCAUUUGAUGAGCAUCUGUAUGUAUUUGUUGUGGGUUAUAUUUCAGUUGUGCGACGUGUAAAACAACAGAGAAUCAACAUCAGCUGGUGCAGUGUGACACGUGUCAUCAUCAUUAUCAUCUUGGAUGUGUCGAUCCACCUCUAACACGCAUGCCCAAGCGUUCAGCCAAGUGUUUGUGGUAGGUUAUGAGAGCGACAGUUUGGAGACUGAGAUUAGGGGGGAGGGUCAAGCUUCACCAUGUUUAAAGUGAAAAGCGUUUGAUAUCUAGGGACCUUUGUAUCAACUUUAUUCUUACUUCUACCACAUACUCAUGACUACCCUUGCUACAGAUGAUUAAUUCCUUUCAGCAGUUCUUUUAAGGACCACUUUCAUGCACAGGAUUAAAAAAACGCAUUAUACUUGGCUGGUGUAGUUCAGUUCAACAGAACAUGUAGCACUGCAGUCUUUUUAAUUUAGGAAAAAGUCGGCAAAGUUCAUCUGUGUGUGUUCCGCGUCAGUUACGGAGUCACAAUUUCAGUAGCUGCAUAACUGAUCGCAAGUUAACUUUCUUGUCUUUCUUGACUUUCUUGUCGCUCUCCUAAAGAGAGCGAUGUCGAGAGAAACGAAUACGGUACAAGAGCUUUGGCCAAACCCUCUGCAUAAGUAUUUGCGCUCUAAACCGUGAGAAUGAUAUGUAUCUUGUGUCAACAGGCAAUGUUCAGAGUGUGACCCAAGUGAAGAUGAUGAAGAAAUGGAAGUAGAUCCACAGGACACCACACCCAUCUCUCAAGCGCGCCACAGACGGGUCAUCAAGGAGCCGAGCAAAUUUACUCCUGACAAGGGAGAGGUAAGGCCUAGUACUCGUAAGUGUUGUUUAAUCAUGCUCUCUUUUUCUUAUUAGCUUAAGUGUCACAAUCAAAAUAAUGGAGAUAAACCACUAAAAAGAGAAAAUGAAGAACUUUUUUCUUAUUUCUAGUUGCAGUGUAAGGUUUAUUAUACACAAGACAUAUUCAUAUAGGAAAUCAAGCAAAUAAUAGCUCUGGUGACCGGACCGAUAUCGAUAAGGGGUGACAGCACUAAUUACAUCUGGUUUUCCUCUUUUUAAGGCAAAAAAGCGAAAACUGAAGACGGCCAAACGGAAAAAUCCCACAGCACAAGCCGAAGAUGUGAGCAAAGUGAGUGUUUACUGAUUUAGGUUUAAUUUGUACGUUGCAUUCAUUAUGUUCUCUCAACUUGUUGUAAAAUGUGAGUAUGUUCUUUUUCCACAUGAAAACAAAAUACAUAGAAAGAAUCAUGGCCCAAAUUCUCACUUAAUACUGUAUAGCUUGAUAAAACUGCAAUGCAACCAAAACGUACUUUAACAAUUAAAGGAAUAACGGCAAAAAUUACCAAAACUGCUUUGACAUAAAACGUGAUAAGACCUUUUUAAGUGUUGAUACCUUUGGUUUGUGUUACGCAGAAACCUAAACUAUCAUCCGACUCAGAAGCUGCACCAAAACGAGGACGGCGGCCUGUGAGGAGAGAUCCAGAGGGUGCGGACAAAAAAAAGAAGCCAGUGGAUGUGCGGACUGAAUGUAGCGUGUGUAAACAUAGUGGAACCAAUGUUAAUCUUGUCAGGUAUAAAUCAAAAUUAUCCUACCGUCUUGUUAUCAGGGUUUACUGUAUAUUCCGCGUAAUUUAUCGCUGUAUCUUUACUUUCCAGGUGUGACAAUUGUCAGCUGUGUUAUCACUUUCAUUGCCUUGACCCUCCAGUUAAGGUAGGUAGACUGUGAUGGUAAUUCACACAAUAAGAACUGAUACGUGGCCAUUAGUUUGCGAGCAGCUCAAGGAGAAAAACACUAAGCCAAGAGAAACUAGUGAUUUGGUGCUACAUAAUAGAGUAUAACUGCAGAAAAAUGGAGCUGGUCGAAAAGCAUGACACAGAGGUCUCAGAGCCCAUCAGUUGUUUCAUUAACAGCUUCUUCCAAUGGACAAAAGUCACAUGAUUCGUGUGGAUAGACGUAUAGUUUAAGUAACUUUAUAGCGCAAUAUAUCCUUUGCUGUGUGUAAAUGGCUUUCUUACUUUUGUAUUUAGGUUAACCCCAAGAACUAGUGAUUGAGUUAUCCAGUCAUUCCUUCUGACGAAGGGCUAACGCCCGACACCUCAACUUUGAAACUCUUUAUGGUGGUCAAUUUACAUGAUAAACGCAGUUGAUAAAACCAAAUUAUCUUUUUUUUACUCUCCCACCGACGCGGCAACACAGUUUCUUUAGAGACUUACCCCCUUUAACCCCGAAACUGCCCUUCAUUAUCCAUUGCUGUGUGUUGAUAGCUUUCUUACUUUUACAUCAUGUGUAGGCUAAUCCCAAGACUCGGGGAUAUCAGUGGGUAUGCAAGGAAUGCGAUGAAUCGGUAAGUCCUGAUUCUUACCAAAUAGUCUGCUAGCCAAAAAGGUUCUUUGUCUUCUUAUCGGAGGAAAACUGAGAGAACUCAAUUUGAAAUAAAAAUUUACUUGUAUGAGUCUGUGAAGGUGAAUUUUAUAGUAAAAUAAUGAGUGUGCUUAACCUUGUAACUUUUUGUCUUUAAGGAAGGGGAAAGUGAAGAAGAUAUGGAUGUUGAAGAGUCGAACACGUCUGAUGCGAAAACAGACAAAAAAUCGAAAGAAGGAAACGAUAAACAAGAAAUCAGUGAAACAUACACACAAAAAGGGGAAGAAAACAAAGAAACCAGUGAUGAUUCUGUAGAUCAUUCCUUGGUAACAAGCCCUGAGGAAAAAGACAAGAAAGUUAAUUUGUGAAAGACUUCUUAUUUAUCUGAGCUCCAUUUUAUUUAACUUUAUGAGGAAAAUUUUAGAAAAAUCUAGAUAUCUUUCAAAACUAAAGCAUUGUUGUCAUUUAGUUUUGUUAGCAUAGAUGCUUUUUGAUUAUUAGGCUAUUUUAACAAUGUUCACAUCUAACCGCCUUUGUAGAUUCCAGUCAGCAAAGAGCCUUAAGAUCAUCAGGUCACAGAAUUAAAUGCGAAGGCAACUCAAAGUGAUUUGGUACUACUGUUCAGCGGACCACUCUCGAGUCAUUUAAAUCUGCUCGUAUUAAACGGGUGGUCCAAUGCAUUGCGGGCUCCCUCUUUAUGUUUACAAGUGCUAGGCAUUAUCAGCCUUUUUUUCGGUUUGUUGUUAAAAUUAUUCCUAAGCCGUCAUGACUCAGUCUUCGUCAACGUAUAUUACCGUAGUUGAUAUCUACCGUGCAAAGUGCAACGUUGUUGGAAGGCCGGGCGACGGAUUACAGAUAAACGGAAACGGCGGAAAAAAACUCGAUACGUGAACACAACUUUUAAUCAACUAAACACGCUUUCAUCCGAGUUACACUCUUAUGUCAGCGGUGAAUAC